GCAUUUCCGGUUCAAAGCAGGUGCAUGCGCAGUUGCCGUUGUUCGCAGCAGUAGCACUAUGGCGGCAGUGCGCAGCUUGCGUGUGUCGGUGAAACCGGACAGCGGCUCGGACCGCUCGGACUCGGACUCCGAGUCGGACAGAGACGUGCGCGAGGCUGAACCGAUGGAGGUGGAGGAGGGCGAGCUGGAGGCGGAGGACAUCUCCGUCAAUCGCUCCCUGAAGGAGCUGCUGCCGGACACCAGCCGGAGGUACGAGAACAAGGCCGGAGCCUUCAUCACUGGGAUCGAUGUCAGUUCAAAGGAGGCGAUCGAGAGGAAAGAGAAGCGAGCAAGACGGUUUCAUUUCCAUGGUGAGGAGAAUGUCGGUCAGAGGAACGUUUUCCUGGAUAAAGACGCCAUGAAGAAAGCCAUCACCAGACUUCGCAUGGAGGCGAUCCACGUGACGGGUGUGGACGAUAUGAGUACGCAGGACGUCUUCGGAUACUUUAAGGAGUACCCUCCGGCCCACAUCGAGUGGAUCGAUGACACUUCCUGUAACGUAGUGUGGUUGGAUGAUGACACCUCCAUCCGAGCCCUCAUCAACACCAGCCGGAUGCCUGACUCGGAAGCCGUUGCCACGGAGUCAAGCGACCAGCUGGGUGAGCAGAGCAAAGCUCGUCACGGUCGAGGCUCAGAGGAUGAAGAUGAUGAAGAGGAGGAGGGUGAGGUGGAGGAAGAUGAUGAGGAGGCAGUGAAGAAGAGCAGUGACGGAGAGGUGGAUCAGCGGCCGAAGGUGGAGGGUGGUCAGGUGGAGGACCUGACGCGGGCUGAGAGAGAGUCUCUGCUGAGGAACGAGCUGCGACCCGCCAUCAAACCCUUCAAAGGAAACAAGCUGUUCCUUCGCUUCGCCACACAAGAUGAUAAGAAGGAGCUCGGGGCCGCCCGCCGCAGCAGGUACUACAUGAAGUACGGAAACCCCAACUAUGGAGGCAUGAAGGGGAUCCUCAGCAACUCCUGGAAGAGGAGGUAUCACAACCGCCGCAUCCAGAGAGACGUCAUCAAGAGCAAGAAGCCUCUAAUUGGAGACAGCAUGGGACACACACCGCCAUACACACACCGACACUCCGCUGACCUCGUCAACCUGCCCGAGGAGCCCAUCAAGGAGGAGGAGGAGGAGGAAGAGGAAGAGCACGGAGACGAGGACAUGGACUCGGACGACAGAGUGGUAGAGUACAGGGAGCGGGGCGGGACCUCGCGCUCGCUGGGGGCGGGGCUUCAUGGCCGGGCAGAGCGGUCCCCGUCUCCAUGGUCGGAGUCAGACGAGAUGGACUACGACCUGGAGCUGAAGAUGAUCUCUACUCCGUCGCCCAAGAAGAGCAAGAAGAUGACCAUGUAUGCCGACGAGCUGGAGAGCCACCUGAAGACCAUCAGAAACCGGAUCGGAACGUCGGGAUCACAGAGCCGCACCAAAUCCUCCCCCCCCCCCAAGGUGACGGACGUCCGGCAGCUGCUGGAGGAGAAGCGUCAGGGAACCUCUCAGCAGAGACAGCGCCCCCCCAUGGCUGGCGACGGGAAGACAGACGUCAGGCAGCGGCUCGGGAAGCGACGCUACUCCCCAGACAGACGCCGCUCUGCCUCCCCCGUGACUCCACGAGAUUCGUCUCCAGUCAGAGAGCCAAUCAGAGACGUGCAUCGCAGACUGGGCGUGGCCAGUCAGGACAACAGAAGCCUAUACUCCAACUCAUCCAAAGACAGGAAGUCUGGUGGACUGUGGAGCCGACUCGGAGCUGGAGAGGACGAUGGGAGCGGGUGCCGAGCGGGAGGCCACUCUGCGGGGCUGUUCUCUUCCUCGUCCUCAGGACGGAAGGAGCGUGGACGGCAGGCGGACGGAGAGGGGGAGGAAGAGGAGGAGGAUGACUCCACCCUUCAGAGAGUGUGGGGCGCCAUGAUCAAACAGAAACAGGAGCUUUUGACCCACAAGCUGAAGAAGUCUCGUCUGGACAACCUGCCAUCACUGCAGAUUGAGAUAAGCCGGGACAGCAGCGAUGACUCAGACGCCUGAGACCGGGAAAGACCUGAUCCAGGUCUGAACUUCUGCACCAGGUCUCCUCAUGGUUCUGUUUUGGUUCUGGAGCUGCCUCUGUCACAUAUGUGAGAUCUGAUGGAGAAGAGCAUGAUGGGGAAACCCUCCUCUUCUUCCUGCUGCACCAUGUUGUCUCCCAUCAUUCCUCGUUACCAUGGAGAUGCUGAACUAUGAGGCGCGUCUUCGCUGUUAACUCCAUGAAUUUGUUUCCUGCCAUCACACCUCAGAGUUGCCUGGACUUCCUGUCCCGCUGUUGUCGUGUCCUCCUUUUUUUUCUUUCUUUCUUUUUUUUUUAAUUUUUUUUAACUUCCCCUCAGUGUGACGGACCAUCCGGCGCUGACAGACUUGGACACCGCUGCCGUUCUGAUGACGGACUUCUACACCGCUGCCAUUGUGAGAACGGACUCGGACACUGUUGUGAUGACGGACUCGGACACCGUUCUGAUGACGGACUCGGACACCGUUCUGAUGACGGACUCGGACACUGUUCUGAUGACGGACUCUGACACCGUUCUGAUAACGGACUCAGACACCGUUAUGACGGACUCGGACACCGUUCUGAUGACUGAAUCGGACACCGCUGCCGUUGUGAUGACGGACUCGGGACACCGCUGCCGUUGUGAUGACGGACUCGGACACCGUUCUGAUGACUGAAUCGGACACCGCUGCCGUUGUGAUGACGGACUCGGACACCGUUGUGAUAACGGACUCGGCACCGUUGUGGUGACGGACUUGGACACCGUUGUGAUAACGGACUUGGACACAGUUGUGAUAACGGACUUGGACAUCGUUGUGAUGACAGACUCGGACACCGUUGUGAUGACUGACUCGGACACUGUUGUGAUGACGGACUCGGACACCAUUCUGAUGACGGACUCGGACACCGCCGCCAUUCUGAUGACGGACUCGGACACCGUUGUGAUGACGGACUCGGACACCGCUGCCGUUGUGAUGACGGACUCGGACACCGCUGCCAUUCUGAUGACAGACUCGGACACCGUUGUGAUGACGGACUCGGACACCGUUGUGAUGACGGACUCGGACACAGUUCUGAUGACGGACUUGGACACCGUUGUGAUGACGGACUUGGACACCGCUGCCAUUGUGAUGCCGGACUCGAACACCACCGCUGCGUGUCCUGUUGUCAGACGUUUUGGGUCCACAGACUGUUUCCAGGCAGCUGAUGAUGAUGCUGAUUAAAACAUGAGAUUUUA